CGCACCGCGGAGCGCGCAGCUCCGGACGCACCUGAACAGUCCAGUGAGCUGGAAACCGCCUUUCACCUGCUCCGAGCCGCACACACACUCCUCUGCAACAUCUGCCACGUCGUCUCUGAUGGAGACAGAGGGACAGUGUAACGGAGUCUUUGUGGAUGUUGAGUAACAUGUCUACCCCCGUUUGGCGUCUCCCCAUGGACCAAACGAUUCUUUUUGGGGGAUCGCCAGACGUUUAAACGCGUUUAGUGUUUUGAACGUUUAAAAGCGGCGACUUUAGGAAGGCUUGGAAACUCCGUGCAGCGUGUGAGCCCCGUGUUUUAAUUGUACUACAAUGUCCCAGACCGUCUGCGUGGAAAACUUAAAGGCAUGCUGCAUAUUGAGUGCUGCGAACGCGCUGAGAGCGAGCUGAGACAGAUGGACACAAGCCCGACAGCACACUGGAGACAUGAUGUAUUGCUGAAUGGGUGACAAACUCCCUGUCACCUCACAUACCCUGUAAAGUCCCCCUCCCAUCGCAUUGUUCAGGACAGGGUCCCCCAGCAUAGUGGCAGUAAUGUACCAGGAGGUGGCCUUCCUGGCAGGCAGCACAGAGCACCAAUUCACAUCGUUUCGCUUCAACCGAGUGGAGAACCCGCAGGAGGUCACCUCCAAGAAGGGUUUGUUCUACAAGCGAGCCCAGCUCCUGCUUCAGCCUCAGCCUCGCCAACAGGACGGAGAUGAGAUCGGCCUGGCUGAUGGGGCGGCCAUUAUUAAUGUGGGGGGGAUUAAGUACCGCAUCCCCUGGUCCACACUGGAAGAGUUCCCCCUGACACGGCUUGGUAAGCUUCGCAGCUGCAGCAACGAGGCCGAGAUCAUGGACGUGUGCGACGACUACGACGGCAGUCGCAAUGAGUAUUUCUUUGACCGAAGUCCGUCAGCUUUUCGCACAAUUGUCACUUUCUUAGCGGCGGGGAAGCUGCGGCUGCUGAGGGAGAUGUGCGCCCUUUCCUUCCAGGAGGAGCUGCUGUACUGGGGGGUGGAGGAGAACAACCUGGAUUGGUGCUGCCUCAGGAAGCUGCGGCUCAGGCAGGAGGAGUACAAGGAGCAGCAGAGGCUAGAGGAGGAGGAUGCAGAGCUCACCUCACCGCAGUCCUGCGAGGAGAGCCAGCAGCCACCCGGAGUGGGGUUGCAGGAAGAGACCAAUACAGGGGGCUGCAUGCGAAGACUUAGGGACAUGGUAGAGAACCCCCACUCUGGCCUGCCAGGGAAGAUCUUCGCCUGUCUGUCAGUGAUAUUUGUUGCCAUCACCGCUGUGACGCUGUGUGUCAGCACCAUGCCAGACCUCAGAGAGGAGGAGGAGAGGGGUGAGUGCUCCCAGAGGUGCUAUAACAUCUUUGUGCUGGAGACGGUAUGUGUUGCCUGGUUCUCCCUGGAGUUCCUGCUGCGCUUCAUUCAGACGCAGAGCAAGUGUAUGUUCCUGCGAACGCCUCUGAACGUCAUUGACGUGGUGGCCAUCCUUCCCUACUACAUCACCCUCAUUGUGGACUCGCUGUCAGUGGGAGGGAAACCUGCAGGCUCAGGGAACAACUACCUGGAGAAGGUUGGGUUAGUUCUCAGAGUCCUGCGGGCUCUACGGAUCUUUUACGUGAUGAGGCUGGCCCGCCAUUCAUUAGGGCUGCAGACACUUGGCCUGACAGUGAGGAGGUGCACACGUGAGUUCGGCCUGUUGCUGCUGUUCCUUUGCGUGGCCAUGGCUCUUUUCUCCCCACUGGUGUUCCUAGCUGAGAGCGAGAUGGGCGCCAAGCAGGAGUUCACUAGCAUCCCUGGGAGCUACUGGUGGGCCGUCAUCUCCAUGACCACAGUCGGCUACGGAGACAUGGUGCCCAGAAGCAUCCCCGGUCAGGUGGUGGCACUAAGCAGCAUCCUGAGCGGCAUCCUCCUCAUGGCCUUCCCCGUCACGUCAAUCUUUCACACCUUCUCUCGCUCCUACUUGGAGCUGAAGGAGGAACAGAGCCGGGCGCUGAGGCAGAAGCCGGACUCGCAGGACAGCACCAAGUCCCAGAACAGCGAAGACUCUCAGGAGACGGACAGCUACCACGGCAUCACGGAGGCCGUAGCCUCAUCCGUGCAGCGGAGGAAGUCCAUGGCUGUUCAGAGGGCUGCUGAGAUUAGAGCGUCCACGCAAACUUAGCUUGCUACGUCUGUCUGUCUGUCUGUCUGCGUUUAAGUGGCAGCCCAGGAGGCCGUGACCCAGCGCUGGGACUUCAAAGUUGACAAGCUGCAGGAUUGUGAGAAGGGAGGAGAUUUUCUUUUCUGGAGCUUGAGGUCUCGGCUUUGAUCGUGUGAAGCGCUUGUGCACCAGAGUGUAUCUGAGUUUCUUAAGUUUUACAGAGGCGGUGCAGGGCUCCUUUUUCUUCACAAAUUUGACUUUAAAAGAUGGGCAACAGAACAAUAUUCAUGAUUAAACAACUGAAUUAAAAUGAUUUUAAAAAAGUGACUGAGACACUAGUCUCAUUGACUGCGAUUCAGACUUGAGAUAAGUCUGUGCAAAAGGGAAAUCUAAAAACUAAAACAUCACACGUUGUUUGCAGACCUCAGACUAAUAAUUAAUGUUUCUCAUGUAGCUGCUUUUGAGAGGACUGUCUGAAAUAAAGCUGUUUGUUGAGAUGUCAGACAUGUAGUUUAUUAAUGAUGCAAUAUCAUCUCUGUUCACUCUGUAUUGUAUUUGUACCAAAUAACUUAUUGUACCUGGGACUCUGUUAUAUAAGGUUCACACAUGUAUUAUAUGAGAUAUGUUAGCACACUUAUUUGCAAUGAAUCAGAGCUAAUUAAUCUCCAACAUAAUGACACAAAACUAAUUUAUCUGUCAAAGGGCUAUACAGUCGGUUGGGACGUUUUGCUCAGUGGCAAAUGACAAGAGGAUUGGUGCCACAGUCAUUAGAUAGCUCUGUCUGGAGCACAUGCUGAGGCUUUAAGAGAAUAAUUAGCCAUACAGGGAAAUACGCUUAUUCAAUUUCAUGCCAGGAGUUAGAAGAGAAGAUGGAUUUCACUCUUAAAUUUGUACAUGGAAUAUGAGCUAUAGCCAGCAGGUGUUUAGCUUAGCUUGGCAUUAGCACUGGAAAUGGGGGUAAACAGCUAGCUCUGUACAAAAGGUAAUAGAACAUAUGCUUUAGGAGUACAUAUAAGACUAAACCAGGCGAGCUGUUUCCACUUGCUUUGAGUCUUUGAGAUCUCCUCUUGGCAAAAAAGCCAAAAAGUGUAUUUCCCAAAAUGUUCAACUAUCCAUACAGCAUGUUAAGCAAUUAUUCACUGUGAAAAUAACCAUGAGCAUGACAUUUUGAUCUGCCCUUGGCAAUAGUAGUUAACCUAAGGACCUCUUACUAGCUUUUUCCAGGGCUUUCACCUGCAUAUCAGUGAAAGGAGGCAGCUCAUUUGUCAUUAACUGACCUAAAGACAGAAGUGGAGUAGAAGACUGGGGUGGUUUAUGACAACAUGCAAAAGUGGUAGGGAACACUACACAACUGGGGUCAAAGUCAUUGACCAGGAGUCAGUGGAUGGCCUUCACAUCCAACACCAGAGAGCAUCUUCGGACAGAGAUUGGUGUUACUGACCUUUUCCAUAUACUGUAUAUACCAUGCAUUUUCACCACCUAUCACAUGGCCUAAAUUACACACUUAGAUCACUAAACCAUCUCCAUAACAACCAAGCAAACUAUCCACUAAAGACAAAUGUGAGAUGCAAUUGAAAGUACUGAAAAACACUAGUAAGUGGACCUUGAGUUAAGACAACAAAGUUGGUUUUGUUUAAAAUGGCGAUGCUGGUUGAUAUAGCUGUUCAGGAAAAACAUUGGUCAAGAGUAACUGCCAAAAAGGGAACUUCCUAAUUGUGGUGACCUCCUGAACUUCUGUGUAGUACCAUGAUCAGGUCAAAAUUUGUAAUUGCCAUCUAUUGUAAAAACCAAUGGCCAGAUGUUUGUAAAUUUGAAGAGGAAUUUUAAGAUUUUGCUGACAGUUUAUAAUUUGACAUCGCAAACAUUUAAGCUGUGCAAUUACUGUGCGAGACUGCAACUUUUUGCUGAAUUAUUUUGUCUUUUUGCCCAACCCUUUAUACAAUUCUGGUCAUUAUAACCACCCAAAGUUAGAAUUACUGUGCUCAUUUUCUUUUUGGAUAUUAUCUGUGAUUUAUGCUACUGUAUCUGUUUUAAGAUGGAGGUGAUGUUGGUGCCAAUCCUCUAAGAUAUUGGGGUAAAGUAGCAGUGGACCAAAAAAUCUGAAGUGUAUUGCAAAUGAAACCAUCUCAUAGAAGCAAACACGUUUGAUUCCAAAUGUUGUACAUCCACCUUCUGGCAGUGAAAGCAAUAGACCCCUAAUUCUCAAGUCUAAAACCAUUUUAGUUAUUGAAAAUACUUUUCACAGUCUUAGAGGAUUUCCUCAUGUAAUUGCAAAUACAGCACUUCAUUCUUUGACUUGAGUGCCUUCUACUUUGAAGUGAAAAAAACAUUUCCCCGAAUUGUUAGGACCUCAUCAAAACAGCCCAAAUGCUUGAGAGUGCAAAUUAGAUUUAGUUAUUUUUAAUAUGCCAUAAGGAAAUGUUCAGUCUGUCAACUCUGAAUCGCAGUCACUGGAUUAACUGAAUCAUUAAAAAGCAUGGAACUAUUACACAGAACACUUUAAACUAUUAUGUCUACAAUAUUUAGGUUUUAAGAAAUGAAAAUGUUGUUUUGAUGAGGAGCGGAUGGUGCAAUGAAACAUCGUUUGAAUAGAACCCAACUCAAAUGGAUUUGUGCUUUGCGUCAUGAAUCCAUAGCCUGAGGAACAGCCUCUUUUGAAAAAUGUAAUAAAGAUUAUAAUGAACACA